AUGUAUAGUGGAACGCUAGCAGCGUUCGCGGCGGCGACGCUCGCUGUCAUAGAUUUCGCCUUGGCUGAGCUGAGUGUCGAAGAAUGCCGAGAACUAGGACUCAAUCGAGCCAACUUGAUGUGCACUUCCUGCGAUCAGCUUUCAAGUUUCGAUCUCGAACCAUUGCUGGAGUCGUGUAAGCAGUGUUGUCAGAAAGACACUUCGUCAACAAGCGUGAAACGCUACGCGAGGGCAUCUUUACAAGUCUCAUUCGUGAAAAGUGAUCGACCGGAGAAGUUCCCUGGAUUAACCGUCCAGUAUAAACGGGGGCAAGAUCCGGUUGUGAAGCUCAUGAAUGCUGUGGGGGAGGUCCAAGAAACGUUGGCCAUCGAUAAGUGGACGACGGAUACGUUAGAAGAAUUCCUGCUGGAAUACCUCGACUCUGAUCCAUCGAUUAUUCACUUCGACCAUUCAUCCAACGAACUCUAAAGUGAUUGUUGAUCGUUUCUUCUGUGUUUUCGCCAUUGCGGUCUUUGAUCGUCAGUCCUCUCGCCGUAGCAUCACAUGAGUGCUCCAGAAUGUCGAUCAGGUUCUUUUGCAGUGAUUCAGUUCAAAGAUGCGGAUCCUUUCGUUAGAAUUUUAUAUGCCUCUCAUCACGUCUUGUGUCACAAUACGAAUCGCAGAAUAUUUUGAGAAUAUUGACAUUCUUGUUUCAAUAGAAAGUAUUUUUGUUCUUAUUGUUGUGCACCACACAUCUUUACCGAUCUGUUCGCUGCAAAAGGAUUAUUGAUACGAUGAUGGUUUAGGCAAGAAACUGAGGUCGCUCAGGGAGCCUAACUUGAUGAAAAUAUUCUGGAAACGUUGUGUGUUCCUCUGGUGGACUUGCACUGUCGGUUUGACGCAAUUUUUUGAGAGUGCGCUGGUUUUUUUGAUGUUGGCCAGCGACUUGUUUGAAUAAACUGGCGUGCGGGCCUCUUAAGA